CGCCGGCCUCUUCUGCCUCUUAGAACCUUCCUGCGGUCGUGCUCGCAUCUCUCUGCAGCAGCCUCCGGGGCUACGUUCCAUCCUAUCAGUCUGAGACCAGCCCAGAAGAAAAAAACCAAAAAUCCUUAAUUAUCUUCUUUUGCUCGGUACCUACAUUGGGACCAUCAAAAAAAGAUUAUUACAGUAAACCGUAGCCAUGAGGGAAAUCGUGCACAUCCAGGCCGGACAGUGUGGCAACCAGAUCGGUGCUAAGUUCUGGGAGGUGAUAAGCGAUGAACACGGCAUCGACCCCACCGGCACCUACCACGGAGACAGCGACUUGCAGCUGGACCGAAUCUCUGUGUACUACAAUGAAGCUACAGGUGGCAAGUAUGUCCCUCGAGCUAUCUUAGUGGAUCUAGAACCCGGGACUAUGGACUCCGUUCGCUCAGGUCCUUUUGGCCAGAUCUUCAGACCGGACAACUUUGUUUUUGGUCAGUCUGGGGCAGGCAACAACUGGGCUAAGGGUCACUACACAGAGGGAGCUGAGCUGGUUGACUCUGUCUUGGAUGUGGUGCGGAAGGAGGCGGAGAGCUGUGACUGCCUGCAAGGCUUUCAGCUGACCCAUUCGCUGGGUGGAGGCACGGGCUCUGGCAUGGGCACCCUGCUCAUCAGCAAGAUUCGAGAAGAAUACCCCGACCGCAUCAUGAACACCUUUAGCGUGGUGCCCUCACCCAAAGUGUCUGACACCGUGGUUGAGCCCUACAACGCCACCCUGUCCGUCCACCAGUUGGUAGAGAACACAGAUGAGACCUACUGCAUUGACAACGAGGCCCUCUACGACAUCUGCUUCCGUACCCUUAAGCUCACCACGCCAACCUACGGAGACCUGAACCAUCUCGUCUCUGCCACCAUGAGCGGUGUCACCACCUGCCUCCGUUUCCCGGGCCAGCUGAACGCCGACCUUCGGAAGCUGGCUGUCAACAUGGUGCCCUUCCCGCGUCUCCACUUCUUUAUGCCUGGCUUUGCCCCUCUCACCAGCCGUGGAAGCCAGCAGUACCGGGCCCUCACUGUGCCUGAACUCACCCAGCAGGUCUUCGACGCCAAGAACAUGAUGGCCGCCUGUGACCCACGCCACGGCCGGUACCUCACGGUUGCGGCUGUCUUCCGUGGACGGAUGUCCAUGAAGGAGGUAGAUGAGCAAAUGCUCAACGUGCAGAAUAAGAAUAGCAGCUACUUCGUGGAAUGGAUCCCCAACAACGUCAAGACGGCUGUCUGUGACAUCCCACCGCGAGGCCUCAAGAUGGCAGUCACCUUCAUCGGAAACAGCACGGCCAUCCAGGAGCUCUUCAAGCGCAUCUCUGAGCAGUUUACGGCAAUGUUCCGUCGGAAGGCUUUCCUCCACUGGUACACGGGUGAGGGCAUGGACGAGAUGGAGUUCACCGAAGCUGAGAGCAACAUGAAUGACCUCGUCUCUGAGUAUCAGCAGUACCAGGACGCCACCGCAGAAGAGGAAGAGGAUUUCGGAGAGGAGGCAGAAGAAGAGGCCUAAGGCGGAAGCCCUGCGUCACCUCAGGCUGCUUAGUUCCCUUAGCUUUUUUCCAACUGCCCUUUGUUUCUUUCUGCUGCCUCUGUCCUGUUUUUGUUCCGUUUUGUUUUCUCAUUGGGGGGUAAACGGUGCCUGGCACGUGGCAGGCGCUCAAUAAAUAUUUCUUUGUGGAAUGUCUCCUUUCUCUUUCCGAUCUGACAUUCUGAGCGUUAACCCUGUGCUUCCUCCUGGUACCCAUUUCUUUAUUAUGACUGUCCAGUUAAUAUUCUUCCAAUAUAUUCUCCAGGAACCAGCGUUCGGCUCCAGACCCGGGGUAGAACCCAGCCCAGUUCUAAGAACUCAAGAGAGUAGCCACCAUCUUAAAGCAAAGUAGCGGGUGGGGAAAAGGUGGGUAGAGGAGAUGCUACUUAGGGGGUGGGAUUUUCCAGUCAGGGCCAUUUAGACACGGGAAUCGCUGAGGCUUUCAGUCGAUGGGGCUUUCUUUUUUCCCUGCUUCAUCUCUCGGCCUCAGGAGAGGUAUUAACAGUAUUAUCACCAUUUAUAUCCUAGCUGUCCUGAGCCAAAUCUGCCAUUGGAGGUGUCUUCCCUGUGUUGGUUCUCCAAGGGACGUUGCAUGGGGAUUUGUGGGGGCAGGGCAGCAAGGCCUUGUUCUCUAAAUGUCCAGAAACACUCUAAUUACCAUUUCCACCUGGGUGCCUCACACACUCCCCAGAGGGGAGGUAACAUCUCUGCCCCAUUUCCCUCCUGUUCCUUGGCUUGGUCAUUCCCUACCUUUCUAUUUUGUGUUAAACUUGGCUUUUUUUUUUUUUUUUUUUUCAUAUUGAAAAGAUGACAUUGCCCCGAGAGCCAAAAAUAAAUGGGAAUUGG